CGACAAUCCCGCGCCGCGCUCCCGCCCACCGAGCGGAUCAAGUUUGAAUGAACGGCAGCAGCUGCUCCGGAGCGCGGACGCACACUUGGAUUUGCGGUAAUUAUUGAAAAGUGCGGCUCGCUCAUCGCUGAUCCAGGAUGGACAUGAAGAAGAGGAUUCACCUGGAGCUGCGGAACCGCACUCCGGCUGAUGUCAAAGAACUCGUGUUAGACAACUGUCGCUCGAACAAAGGAAAGAUCGAGGGUCUAACAGACGAGUUUGAGGAGCUGGAAUUUCUAAGCACAAUCAAUGUUGGACUGACGACAGUCGGCCACUUGCCAAAGCUAAACAAACUCAAAAAGCUUGAACUCAGCGACAACAGGAUCUCAGGAGGGUUGGAAGUUCUGGCCGACAAGUGCCCCAGCCUCACACACCUCAACCUCAGCGGCAACAAGAUUAAAGACCUCAGCACGAUAGAGCCAUUGAAAGAACUGGCGACGCUGAAAAGCCUCGAUCUGUUUAACUGUGAAGUGACAAACCUGAACGAAUACAGAGACAACGUGUUCAAGCUACUACCCCAGCUCACGUACCUGGACGGCUACGACAAAGCCGACAAAGAGGCGCCGGAUUCUGACGCCGAGGUUUACGCAGAGGGCUUGGACGACGACGACGACGAGGACGAUGAUGAGGAGGAGUAUGAUGAAGAUACAGUACCAGGAGACGAGGAGGAAGAGGGGGAGGAAGAUGAAGAGGAGAACGAAGAAGAGGAAGAGGACGACGUCAGCGGAGAGGAGGAAGAGGAGGAAGACGUGAACGACAAAGAGGCUGACGAUGAUGAAGAGGGAGAGGGAGAGGAGGAGGAGCGAGGCCAGAAGAGAAAACGGGAGCUGGAUGAAGAAGGGGAGGAGGAUGAGGACGAGGAUGAUUGAGAAUCCUCCAGAAGAAGCUAAGUUGUGAACUGUUUUAAACUUGUUAUCUCCCAGUCACUCCCCAGCAGCCCCAUGUAUCCCCCCCCCCAGUUUCAUAUUGCAGUAGGAGUGGUUUCUUGUUAUUGGCCAGUCAGGUAGACGGGGUUGUCUGGAGAAAUGAGUAAAACUUCUGUCCCCUUGAUGCUCCCGUGUUCCCGUCUUUAAUGUCCACUUUUGACUGCUUCGUGGACACCGAGUUUUGUAAUAUCCAAUAUUAGCAAAGAUAAACCUUUUUAAGAAACAUUUUGUUUUCUCACUGUUUGUGUAAGACCAGUUUCUGAUGACUUAUGUAUUUGAAGACCCCCUACGCCCCUUCAAAAGAAAACCAGAAAAUGAAACAAAAAAAAGAGUGCAUGUCUAAAACAUUUUAAAGUCAACAACUGGAUUCCAUGUGCGGCUGUCCUCUCCUCGUCUUAAACUUAUUUUUGCAUUGUACUUUUUAUUUUUUAUUUUUUAAUGUAAGUUAUGUGUUUGUAGUGUCACCAGUAUGCCAAUACUCUGCUGUCCUGGUGUGAACCUUGUGUCUGAACAUGCACAGUGUGUGACCCUCACUGGGCGUAUUUUUAAAUCAUAGCAAAAACAAUAAAAAAAAAAAAAACA